AAACAUAAAAGUAGRAUAGCYUGGGUGUAYGGGGAACAUUUCACUAAACCUCUACAGUACAACAAUCAUGGAAGCCAAAAGUCUUGGUCUAUUUCCUUAAGAAAGGGUUCCUAUUAUUACAUGGAGUCCCUGAUGAAGGAAUAUUACGAYGACGAUCACUUUUCUGUGGCAGUUCAGUUGCCUGGACAAAGAGAAAUACCAAAAGGACCAAUCACACAAGACUUUCUCUGGACCGAUAUUCCCAGGCCUUAUACUUCCGAGGAAAACGUCACUGARCAAUCUAGCAUCUAUCAAAUUGCGGCCGAGGCUGGCGCCAAGGCAGGAGCACAAAAUGGCAUGGAAGCAGGGGCGAAGUCAGCAGCMCUUACUGGCGCUAUGGCAGGCCGAAUGGCGGGCCUUGAAGCAGGAGCAAUAGCAGCGCAAAARGUGGCAGAAGAAGCGGCMAGAGAAGUGUUUGCAAAGGCRUUUAACGCUACCUUCGCUGCUUAUAGUAACCAACUAAGAGGUCUGGAUGUACGGUUAUUUGGGCCAAAGGGAAAUAAUGUAUACCAGCACAUCCCACCAAGCAAAAUMUCCAAUGUAGGACGUGUUUACAAUGUACAUAUCAAUCAACAUCCUGAUGGACAGAUGUCAUUCAAAAGACCUGSUACUGGUGAAGGUAAUUUACCUACUCCCAKCUACCUCCCUACUACGGGCAACGAUAAUAAGGUCGAAUAUCCGGGGGUUGGUACACAUCCCACGGGAUCUACCGCGGKUAUUGAUGUAAAUCCCCYGGGAACAUACCCGACUGCACACCCCGUCGAAGGGUUUCCACCGGGUACUUACCCAGAUCCCGUURGCGGACCAAUGCGUGUUACUAAUAUACCAGGCACAUGGGGUUAUGUCCAUGGAAGCUCGGGGCAGAUACAGAGAAGACCUAUAUACGUAGGGAAACCUGAUUUCUACAGGUAUCAUGGCCCGGCCAAAGGUUUACAUAGACAAAUAGAGCUAGCCGUUAAAAAAACCUACACAGGGUGGAAAGAGGAUGGACGAACCCAACAUCAGAAGGCGCUACGGGAURGUGAUAACACCGCAAAACGCUCAUGGCCGGAGCCGAUAUUUACACCAUUUGAACCAGGAAAAGACCAGAAACAACCMAAAAAAGAGAUCCAAGAAGAAAGCACAUUUACAGAAACUAAGAAUUCGGAGUCUGGUCAGAAUGACCAAGUCUUAUACAGUGAACAUAAUAAAGAUGAUCGAAGCAGCUCAUGGCCAACGCCYAUAUUCACACCUCUACRCCCCCCUGAAUCCGACCAAGAUGUCAAGCGACCGAUAUAUGGAACAGAGAAGCAAUUAGAUCAAGUUAAAAACACUGAUGGCCUCAGUAUUAGUAAAACUAAGGAAUUUUACAACGACUUAGCAGGAGAUAUCAGUCAGAACAGUACACAGGCCGUACAACCACCAGCACCUAUAGAACAACCUUUACCCCCAUCAGCCGAGCUCUUAAAUAUUACACACAACAUUACACAAAAUGUUCUCAGGCGCCUAGCGUUGCCUUAUUUAUUGUCAAAUCGUUCACUGGAGAACCCUAGUAUUGACACGACAAGGCCACAGCCUUUACAAGCAACAYCGAAUACUACAGAAACCAUCACAGAAACAAGACCAGUGGACACUGCUGGGAUAGAAACACGACCUAAGCCAGUGUUUGAAUCAAUAGAUGGAAAUUCUACCAAUAUAAACAAUUAUAAUCAUACUCAAUCCACGAGGGAAGGCGAAAAGUUUGUUUAUUAUCCUAAAAUUGGAGAAAAUCCAGAUGACGUGGCGCGACGGUUGGUGUACACUAGCGGCAGUGCUAGUAAAAUUGUAUUCAACGCUCACUACAGCAUCCAUUCCAUUGACAUACCAGCGAUCCAGAUAAACCUAACAAAAAACAGUUGCAUUAACUCUUAUAACGGACAAGUUUCACUUCGACCGUUUUGUCAGUACUUCAUCAUGCGAGAAGGACUAUUACCUAACACAAUGUCGGAUGACAUCUCUUUCGAGUCCGCGUGUAUCCCUGAUCAUUUUCUUGUCCAACGUAAUUAUCACUUUUACGUAAUGCAGCGCGAUGGAACCUUACGUUUCGCUCGUGAAGCAACGUUCGCGCUCUACAAGACUAUCUCUUUCCCGGAAUCUCUUCAAAUCAUGUCGUUUAGUCACUACCUUUGGUUCGUCUGCGAAAGUCCUGACAUAAAACUACAUAUGACUCACCAUGGUCUGCAGCCGCUAAUCAUGGAAUACAUUCGAUCAAAAGAUGAUGAGUUUGAGAGGUGUUCGUUUUCGUUUGUACCGAUGCCGAGAGGAUCUGACGAGCAUGCGCACUGCAAAGGGGUGUUGGACCACAGUCGACCUGAAAUUAAAGGGAAUCGAUGGCCAGAGGACAAGAACUACACACAGAUGGCUCCUCUUGCAGCUACCUGCUUGGCUCUGAACUUCAUCAAUAAAGCGGGAAAGACAUUUCGAGUYUACUCAAAUAUCAAGAACAAUAAAUACUUCGUGGAUAACAAUGGACUAAAGAUAAAAACACUCAUUAAGAGACCUGAUUUACACAAUCACGUGACAUAUAAGGCUGAUCCAAUUGUUGGACAUGAUGUGAUACUUUUAAAUGGGGUUCAAAGCCUGACUGUUUUGCCUCAAAAAAACUGUGAUGUGUUUGUUCCUGUGUAUGUGACUUCGAUGCCAGGUACAACAGUUCCAGCGGUUGCACAAGAAAUCCACUAUCAUUAUCAUCAACCACAAAGUACUGCUCAUCAAAAUACAGGAUGUUCUCYACCAUGUUCGGGUUCUCCUCCAUGUCCACCACCAUGUCCAACUCAUUGUUGCAGUAAAAGACACAACGCCUUCACGUGACGAAUGGUUACUGCGC